AUGGCUCAAAACUUCUUCUCUGGUACUAGCUUGAGACUCAAUGAUGGUUCGAUGGUGGAUGCUGGAGAACAUUUGAAGGGAAAGAUUGUUGUUCUUUACUUCUCUGCAAGCUGGUGCGGUCCGUGUCGUCAGUUUACUCCGAUAAUGAAGGAGCUCUAUCAGCAAAUUUCGGCUACCAAUCAGCCAAUCGAGGUGAUUCUUCUAUCGAGAGACUACAUGAGAUUCCAAUUGGAUGAAUAUUAUGAGAAACAAGGAUGUUCAUGGGGUGUUGUUCCGUUGAGAGAUCCAAUCAUCGAGAAAUGUUUGGAGAAGUAUGAUGUAAAGGCAUUGCCAUCGUGCAGAGUUGUCGAUGAAUUCGGUAACUGUUUGGAUGCAAAUGCACGUCACAAUGUCGAGAAGUAUCGCGAGAAGCGCCAAAUGACUGAACUUUUCAACAAAUGGCGUCAACAAAUGGUCCAAGUCCGUGCUUAA